AUGAUAAUCACUGAAAAUGAUGAUGAUGCCUUACGAGACCUUAAACAUUUUCUUGGCACCUGUUUCAAAAUCAAAGAGCUUGGACCUUUAAAGUACUUCCUUGGAGUUGAAAUUGCACGGUCCAAGUCUGGCAUUUCUUUUUGUCAACGGAAGUAUACACUAGAUAUCUUGGAAGAUGCAGGCUUACUUGGUGCUAAGCCUAAAAAAAUUCCUAUGGAAGCCAAUGUUGCCCUCAUGCCUACAGGGAGUGACCCUCUAAAAGACCCUACUCGUUAUCGAAGACUUAUUGGAAGAUUAAUCUAUCUGACAAUAACAAGACCAGAAAUCACAUAUGCAGUAAAUACACUCAGUCAGUCUAUGCAUGAGCCCCGAAAGCACCAUUUUGACACAGCACGUCGGCUCUUUCAUUACCUUAAAGGAGCUCCUGGCCAAGGGUUAUUAUUCUCUUUGAAUGGGCCACUUCACUUGACUUCAUAUUGUGAUGCGGACUGGGCACGAUGUCCUUUUACAAGGCGCUCAAUUACUGGAUACUGUAUCUUUCUUGGCAAGUCACUCAUAUCAUGGAAAAUCAAGAAGCAGGUUACUAUCUCAAGGUCGUCUGCAGAAGCUGAGUACCGCUCCAUGCCAGCCACCACUUGUGAACUUACUUGGUUGCGAUACCUCUUACAGGACCUACAAGUGAAACAUCACCAACCAGCCACCUUACUUUGUGACAACAAUGCAGCACUCUACAUUGCAGCCAACCCAGUUUAUCAUGAACGGACCAAGCACAUCAAAUUGGAUUGCCAUACUGUUCGUGAGAGAAUUCAAAAUGGAGAAAUCCAGACAACUCAUGUGCAAACAAAACAUCAAGUUGCUGAUAUUUUCACUAAGCCGUUGCCUACACCCUUGUUCCAAUCCCAUCUUGGCAAGUUGGGUGUAAUAGACAUUCACACUCCAACUUGA